ACGAUGGAUCCAUCUGAACUCUGCUUUCCAGAAGCUUUCAACUCCUCCUGUAAAAAGAAAGUGUCUCUUCACUCAGUAAAUACUUUGAUUUACUUUGGCUUGUCCUUCAUGUCUCUGGUUACUACUGCUCUUAACCUUUUGGUCAUCAUCUCCAUUUCACAUUUCAGGAAACUCCAUUCCCCCACCUACUUCUUACUGCUCUCUCUGGCUGUCUCAGAUUUUCUCGUAGGCCUUUUCAUGUUUUUUCAGAUCAUUUUUAUAAAUGGCUGCUGGUUUCUUGGUGACCUCCUGUGUGUUCUGUACUAUGUAGUAAGUGGAGUUUUAAUUUCUGCAUCAGUAGGCACCAUGGUGCUCAUUUCACUUGACCGUUAUUUGGCCAUCUGUGAUCCUCUACGCUAUUCUACAAAGGUUACCACAAAAAGAGUUCAAAUUUGUAUUUCUCUGUGCUGGAUCUGUUCUGUGGUCUAUAUCCUGAUUCUGGUAAGGGACAAUUUUCAACAACCAGGAACAUUUAAUUCAUGCUCUGGAGAGUGUGUGGUUGAAAUUGGCUUCAUUGAAAAUAUCACAGAUCUUAUUUUGACCUUUAUUAUUUCCAUCACUGUUAUAAUGGUACUAUAUGGAAGAGUGUUUGUGGUUGCUCUGUCUCAGGUUCAGGCCAUGCGCUCUAAUAUUAUUGCUAUUAAACAAAAACAGUCCAAGAAGAUAAAUGUGAAGAAAUCUGAGCUAAAGGCAGCUGGUAUUCUCGGGGUUGUUGUAGUUUCAUUUAUUUUCUGUAUCUGCCCAUAUUUUUGUGUCACACUAAUUGGUAAAAGUUCACUAUUGAACACUUCUACCAUGACCCUUCUUCUAUAUCUGUUUUCUUUUAACUCCUGUCUGAACCCUCUGAUUUAUGCCUUAUUUUAUCCCUGGUUUAGAAAAGCUAUGAAAAUUAUAUUCACAUUUCAAGUGCUAAGGUCCGGCUCUUCUGGUGCCAACAUACUUUAA